AUGGCUCCUGACAAUCUCACCUGGGUGACUGAAUUCAUUCUCAUGGGAGUCUCAGAUCGUCCUGAGCUCCAGGUUCCCCUUUUCUUUGUCUUCAUGGUGAUCUAUGGGCUGACCAUAGCAGGGAACCUGGGCAUCAUCACACUCACCAGUGUGGACUCUCGACUUCAAACCCCCAUGUAUUUUUUCCUCCGACACUUGGCUAUCAUCAAUUUUGGCAAUUCUACUGUCAUUGCCCCUAAAAUGCUGACCAAUUUCUUAAUAGAGAAGAAAACCACCUUAUUUUAUGAAUGUGCCACCCAAAUGGGUGGGUUCUUGUUUUUCAUUGUAGCUGAGGUUUUCAUGCUCGCUGUGAUGGCCUAUGACCGCUAUGUGGCCAUUUGUAAUCCCCUGCUCUAUAUGGUUGUUGUAUCUCGACAAAUCUGCCUUCUGCUAGUAUCCCUUGCAUACAUCUAUGGAUUUUCUACAGCUAUUGUGGUUCCAUAUUGUGUUUUCUCUAUGUCUUAUUGUUCUUCCAAUGUUAUUAACCACUUUUAUUGUGACAUUGUUCCCCUGUUAUCAUUAUCUUGCUCAGAUACUUACUUGCCAGAAACCAUAGUUUUUAUUUCUGCUGGCACAAAUUUGGUUCUUUCAAUGAUUAUAGUUCUAGUCUCCUAUUUUAAUAUAAUCUUGUCCAUUCUCAGGAUACAGUCAUCAGAAGGAAGGAAAAAAGCCUUCUCCACUUGUGCAUCACAUAUGAUGGCGGUCACUGUCUUCUACGGGACACUACUAUUCAUGUAUUUGCAGCCCAAAACAGAUUAUUCAUUAGAUUCUGAUAAAAUGGCAUCGGUGUUUUAUACACUAGUGAUCCCUAUGCUGAAUCCUAUGAUCUACAGCUUGAGGAAUAAAGAUGUGAAAGCUGCCUUCAAGAGAUUCCUGUCGAUCCCAUGUGGUUCCUUUAAAUCAGUGUAA